AUGGUUGAGAUUGAAUCAAGAAGAACCCUAAUGAGGAAUAAGGUCCUCUCCUCACCUAUAAAUAGCUGCACCAAUCUACAAGUAUCUGAAAUCAAGCAAAGGAGGAUCUUUGGAGACGGAAUCAAGUGGAACUUCGCCAAGUUCUUGAUUGACAAAGAUGGAAAUGUCGUUGACCGUUACGCCCCGACUACUUCUCCUCUAAGCAUUGAGAAGGACCUGAAGAAACUGUUGGGAGUUACUGCUUAA